AUGAUGGAGGAUGCUGCUAACUCUAAUGGUACAGAGGAUAGAGAAAACAUGUUCCUAACAGUAGCAAUUGAAGAAGCAUAUAAAGCGGUUGAAAGAGGUGAUGGUCGCCCAUUCGGUGCCGUUAUUGUUCGAAAUGAUGAAAUAGUUGCAAGCUGUCAUAACAUGGUUGUAAGAAACACUGAUCCCAGUGCUCAUGCUGAGAUUGCUGCUAUAAGAGAGGCUUGUCGAAAGUUGAAUCGAGUUCAACUUGCUGACUGUGAAAUAUACGCUUCUUGUGAGCCUUGUCCAAUGUGCCUUGGUGCGAUUCAUUUUUCCAAAAUCAAGAGACUUGUUUAUGGAGCUAAAGCAGAAGCUGCAGUAGCUAUUGGAUUCGAUAAUAUCAUUGCUGAUGCACUGAAAGACACUGGUUUUUAUCAGAAGGUCAACUUGGAGAUCAAAAAGGCUGAAGGUAGUGUUGCUAUAAUUGCAGAACAAGUAUUUGAGAAGACCAAAGACAAGUUUGUUGUACCCUGA